UACGGGAGGCGCCUUCCGUGGGCUGGCGGUGCAGGCCGGAAGGGACUAUCGGGACAACCUAGAACUGGACGGGAGUUCCUGACCCUACGUCCCGGAGCUCUGAGGGUGGCUGCCUUGUCUUUUUCUAUACUAGAGCUCCCCCUUACCCCGCGUUCCCACUACCGUAGCUUCCCGGGAGAAUGGUGGUCCGCCUGCUGCUACGCUCUUGGCCUCGGGCUCCUGCUGUUGGCCCGGGAGUUCCAUGUCGAUCCCUCAGCGCAGACACCGGGCCCGGCCAGUACCUGCAUCGCAGCAUCGUGCCCACCAUGCACUUCCAAGACAGCCUGCCCAGGCUGCCUAUCCCUAAACUUGAAGACACCAUUAGGAGAUACCUCAGUGCACAGAAACCUCUCUUGGAUGACAGCCAGUUCAGGAAAACAGAACAAUUUUGCAAGAGUUUUGAAAAUGGGAUUGGAAAAGAAUUACAUGAGCAACUGGUUGCUCAGGACAAGCAGAAUAAACAGACAAGCUACAUUUCAGGCCCCUGGUUUGAUAUGUACUUAACUGCUCGAGAGUCCAUUGUGCUGAACUUUAAUCCAUUUAUUGCAUUCAACCCUGACCCAAAGUCUGGGUAUAAUGAUCAGCUUACCCGGGCAACCAACAUGACUGUUUCUGCCGUUCGGUUUAUGAAGACACUCCGGGCUGGCCUUUUGGAGCCAGAAGUGUUCCACUUGAAUCCUGCCAAGAGUGACACUGAGACCUUCAAGAGGCUUAUACGCUUUGUGCCUUCCUCUCUGUCCUGGUAUGGUGCCUACUUAGUCAAUGCCUAUCCCCUGGAUAUGUCUCAGUAUUUUCGACUUUUCAGUUCAACUCGUUUACCCAAAUCCAUUCGUGAUGAACUCUUAACUGAUGACAAGGCUAGACACCUUCUGGUCCUAAGAAAAGGAAAUUUCUAUGUCUUUGAUGUCCUGGAUAGAGAUGGGAAUAUUGUGAGUGCCUCUGAAAUCCAGGCUCAUCUGAAAUACAUUCUCUCAGAUAACAGCCCUGUCCCUGAGUUUCCACUGGCAUAUCUGCCCAGUGAGAACCGGGAUGUCUGGGCAGACCUCCGGCAGAAGCUACUGAGUAGUGGCAAUGAGGAGACUCUGAGGAAAGUGGACACUGCUGUGUUCUGUCUCUGCCUAGAUGACUUCCCCAUUAAGGACCUUGUCCACUUGUCCCACAACAUGCUGCAUGGUGAUGGCACAAACCGCUGGUAUGAUAAGUCCUUUAACCUCAUUAUAGCCAAGGAUGGCACUUCUGCUGUCCACUUUGAGCAUGCUUGGGGUGAUGGUGUUGCAGUGCUCAGGUUUUUUAAUGAAGUGUUUAAAGACAGCGUUCAUACUCCUGCCAUCACUCCACAGAGCCAGCCCGCCAGCACUGACUCUUCUGUCGCUGUGCAGAAACUCAACUUCAAGCUGACUGAUGCCUUAAAAACUGGCAUCCGCUCUGCUAAAGAAAAGUUUGAUGCCACCAUGAAAACCCUCACCAUUGACUGUAUCCAGUUUCAGAGAGGAGGCAAAGAAUUCUUGAAGAAGCAGAAGCUGAGCCCUGACUCAGUGGCCCAGCUGGCCUUCCAGAUGGCCUUCCUGCGGCAGUAUGGACAGACAGUGGCCACCUAUGAGUCUUGCAGCACUGCAGCAUUCAAGCACGGCCGCACGGAGACCAUCCGCCCAGCUUCCAUGUUCACAAAGAGGUGCUCUGAGGCCUUUGUAAGGGCGCCCUCCAAGCACAGUGCUGGGGAGCUUCAGCAGCUGAUGGCCGAGUGCUCCAAAUACCACAACACGCUGACCAAAGAAGCAGCAAUGGGCCAGGGCUUUGACCGACACUUGUUUGCUCUGCGGUACUUGGCAGCAGCCAAAGGGACUGCCCUGCCUGAGCUGUACCUGGACCCAGCAUACGGGCAGAUAAACCACAAUAUCCUGUCCACAAGCACGCUGAGCAGCCCAGCAGUAAACCUUGGCGGCUUUGCCCCUGUGGUGCCUGAUGGCUUUGGUGUUGGGUAUGCUGUUCAUGACACCUGGAUAGGCUGCAAUGUCUCCUCCUACCCAGGCCGCAAUGCUCGAGAGUUUCUCCAAUGUGUGGAAAAGUCCUUAGAAGACAUGUUUGAUGCCUUAGAAGGCAAAUCCAUCAGAUCUUAGCUUCUGGGUGGGUGAAAACCCUCCAUUGCUUUAUCAACGUGAAAAUGCACUAUCUGUAGCCAAUAGGUGCUAUUCUGUGAUUAAUGAAACUAAUAAUGAGGGGUCUGAGCAGCCAGUGCUGUAAGGUUUUAAAUCAUGUCUUUAAACAUUUGAUUUUUCUAUGAGACUAGAUCACAACUAAAGAUUACGUGAUUUCAGUUUUAUUUCAUUUGAUGAGGUAGGAUUGGAGAACUCAGUUUUAUUUAUUUUUGAAGCAGAAAUAAAAUUUAUUUGGAGAUGGUUCCUCUUAGUUUUUAAAUCUAAAUUCCUAAGUCCCCACAAGGAACUUGCCAUCAGUAAAUUCAUUUAUUCAGGUAAAAGUUCUCAUUGGCUUCCAGCUCUUCAGGUAAUGGUGAGAAACUCUUUCAUCCUCCCCAUAAAAGUGUCUCUCUCUCCCGGGACAUCCUCUCUUUCAAAACCCUCUUCAUUUUUCUAAGGAGUGAGAGUUCUUUUUUUUUUUUAAAGAUUUAUUUAUGCACACAAGAGCAGGGGUACAGGCCAGAGAUGCGGGGGGUGAGAGGAUUCAGAGGAUUCACCAGAGACAGAGUGGGGAGCAGAACAGGCAGACUGACUGAAAUACACUGCUGAGGGGAGCAGCGGGCGGGACAGGAGAGGUCUGCUGUGCCAUGUGGGUCAUCUCCCUGGCUGGAGAUCGAACUCGUGCUGCAGAGGCUGCAGAUUGCUUCAUAGUGUGAUGCUUAACCCCUUGCGCCACCAGGGAGGCCCCAGGAGUAAGAUUUCAACAAGAAUCUAACUCAAUACACUUGACAAUACACUUGAUCUCUGUGUCAGAUACUCCUAUCCAGCAAUAAUAGUAAGGGUCUCCAUUUACUUAACACCUUGAUAGCUUUAAUAGCUUUAAUUUCUAGUUACUUUUGUGGGUACAUUUUUGUUGCCAUUAUAAAUGGUACCCCUUUUAAAUUUUGCAUGUUGCCUGUCUAUAUUUCAUUUCUGUGUAUCGAUCCUAAAUCCAGCAUCUGUUAAUGCUUUUGGAUUUUCUAAGUGGAAAAACCACAAAAAAAAUUCAUCGUAUCUUCCUUUUUCUACUUCUUUCACCUUUUUGUCUUACCACACUAGGUGGGACCUCCAGUACAAUGAAUAGCAGUGACUGAGGGUGUCUCAUCUCCUCUGAUCAUAAGUGGAAUACCUCAAACAUUUCAUCAUUUAUGAAAAACAGCAUUUGUUUGGGAUUUUCUGUAGAUAGUUUUGUGAGGGGAGGGUAGGUCCUUUCUACUCCUAGUUUGUUGUUUCUAUGGUUUGUUUUUGUUGAAUGAGUAUUGAACUUCACUGAAUACUUUUUCUCCAUCUAUUAAUAUGCUCUAUUUCUCCUUUAAUCUGUUAAUGAUUAUUUGAAUUCCUCUACCUGCUGACAGAUGAGAAAAUAAUUUAAACUAUAAAGAAAACCCUAAGAUCCUUUUAGUGUUUGUCUUUAUAAGCUUAACACACACUGGUUGAUAUAGAAACUAAAAAAAACCAGAAAGGUUGCUUAACCAGCCUGUUUCUACUUAUUUCCUUCCAGGCUGGAGUGUGGACUGGACCCAGUAUGGGGUGGCUGGUAGAUGUGCUGGCUGAGGGAGGGCAAAAGAAGCUGUGCUCUGACAGGUGCAGGGGCCAGGAACAUGGGGGACAUAGAGGAAGUACAAUGUGGCCGUCAGACUGUAGAGGUGACAAGGUAGGUACUUCACCACGCUUAGUCAUGCCAGCUUUCCCCAAAAUCUGAGGUUCCCCUUUCUAAUGCCCUGCAACCAGCCACUAGGAAGAUCCUUUUCUAGUGGACCACUCAGAAAGUGAAGAUAUUUUUACUUCCAAACAAUUCCAGAUUCAGCAGAACAUUACAGAAAAUCUUGUAACAGGUUUCCAAAUGGUGGAUUCACCAGUGUGAAGGCAUGCGUAUGCCCUCAUGUCCUAACUGUGCAGUGAACAUCUCUGGCUAGGGAUCCAGGCCCAUGACUGUUGUCUCCAUGAGCUGUUUGGAAGCAGAACACAAGAAGUGUGGCUACAGGGGACAAACCAGGACCAGGAGUUACUACAGGGAGCCAAGAAGGUAACCUAGCAAACUGGAGCACUUUAUAUUGACUCCCCUGGUGGGAGAGGGUGCUGAUCACAGCAAGUGAGCAGUAUCCUCAUGAUCAUUAGGCAGUUCUGUAGCAGAUUCACACCAGAACCAGACUGCUUGACCUUUAAAAUCUGUUUUAGUCCUGGAAUAUAUGGUGACACCAACUAAGAGAGAUGCCCGAGUUUACUUGAAAGCCAAGCUCUGGUCAAUGCAGUGUUUGGCCCAAGACUACCAGGCUCGUGGCAUCAUUCCACAGGCUCAGCUGCCUUUUGCACCAAUGGCCUUGACACCUUGGGUUGACAACUCUGGAUUUAUGACUGCCUGCUCCCCCAAAGCUGGAAAGCCCUUAGAAGCUGUAGACUCCUCCAUAUUUUACAAAUUGGAUCAAACAUAAGAUUUUUAAUAGUGUAGGACGCCAGGAAGCAAACCUGAAUUCUUAUUUGUGGAGGAUAUGGCCACUGAUACUGCCUUCAGGCAUCAGUGCUACACAAAUGGGCUUUAUUGAUGGGGCUUGGGAAGCUGUGACAGAGCCCAGCAUGCAAGUUGUGAGGGCUGGGAUAGUUGCCAAGAGACAAGGGAUGUAGGAACCUAAGUCAGUGGGCUCUUUUGCUUGGAACAUGUUCCUUCUCAGUUCCUAGAGACAGAUGUGCAGGAAGACGGUUCAGCACUUCACAAACUGGUGGGUGACCUCAUAGAUUCCCACAGACUCCUGAGUCUUUUCAUCAUAAUCAGUCCAGUCCUGUAAAGUAAAAUAGCAAUGUUAGCCUCACAUGGCAGCCUGUGACAGUGUUGAAGGGUGAGAACUGGGAUUUAAAAGUCUAUAUUUAUGAAUAUGUAUGACCCAGAAGAGCCAGGGUACUCAGACUUGAAUUCCAGCAUUGCCAGCUGUUUGAUUUUGGGCAAACUGUUUAACUUCCAAGAGCCCCAGUUCUUCAGUCCUCUAUAGAAAGGUACAAUAAUAGAUUUCCUAUCGAAUGUUGAAAGACUCAAACAAGGUAAUGUGUAUAAAAGUACUUAGCCUCGGGUUAGCAUAUAUACGAGCCCAGGAAACACCAAUUACUAUUUUAUUAGGAGCAAUGCAAACUGAAUGAAGUUUUGUUUUUUCCUGAGAACUGACCACAAGGUUCUCUAUCUGCAAGGCAGUAGCAUGACUUUUUCACGCAGUGCAUUAGCAAGGACAGAAGCACUGCUACCAGGGGAAACAUAAGAGUUAGGUUCUUGUUAGCAUCUAGUCACAUUUUCUUAACUGACCAAUAUAUAGUCUGGUUCUGUGUAUGUUUAAGAUAUACAUUUUUUUUAAAGCUAAUUUGUUUUAAGACAUAGCCUUUUUUAGUACUAAUAUUGCUGGCCAUUACGGUUGAAGUUACAGCCAACAGUGCUCUAACCCAGGGUUAAACCAAGCUUAUCUAACGUGUUUUCUUCCUAAGCCCCAGCCCAGCCGUCUUGCAUGUGCAAAAGUAGAUGGCACUUCUGUACCAAACUCAGGGCCAUCUAAAACACUGAAAGUACAAAAAUACAGUCAGCCUUUCAUUGAUGAUCCUUGUUCACUAAAAAG